CCCAUGACGGUCUUCUUAUCUCGUAGCAGGUAAACACCUGCUACACGUGUCAUGUCUUCUCCCUAUCUGGUAUCGUAGUUUCUGCGCAGCGCGCCGCCGCUAUCUACUUAAAGAAAUGCCGAGCGUAGCCGAGGGUGUGUUUUUGGUUGUUCUUUGGAGUUGUAACGUGUUGCUGCCGGACGUGUUGCCUCACCGGCUUGUGCCUUUACGGAAUAAAACUUUUCCGUUUGUUACUUGCUCUGGGUUAAGUUCCUGAAGACACAACAUAUUUCCUGCGACGAGGAUGGGAUGUCCGACCAGAACCAGCUAUGCAAGGUACAAGCAAGGCAGAAGGCGGCCUCUCAGACGGUAAGCCUGAGCAUCGUCCUCAAGUUAGAAAGAUGGCAACUAUCGGUCAAGUGGAGCCCUUCGAUGAGUCUGUAUCGGACUGGGAGUCCUAUCAGGAAAGACUCGCUGCUUUCAUUCGCGCAAACCAAAUUCCCGAAUCUAAUCAAGUUGAUGCUUUUCUGAGUAUAAUCGGGCCAAAGACCUACAAGCUACUGAAGAGUUUGUUAGCGCCAGACCCGCCAACAAGUAAAACCUUGGAAGAGCUCAAGAAAAUUUUGCGCGACCGCCUUUCACCGCGACCAUCGGUUAUUGCCGAAAGGGCGAAAUUUCACAAGAGAGUGCAGCAGGAAAAUGAGGGCAUAGCAGAAUUUGUCGCAGAGUUGAAACGUUUUGCGGAAUACUGUAAUUUUGGAGCAAAUCUUCAGGAAGCUCUACGAGAUAGGCUCGUUUGCGGAUUGUUACGGUUGGACAUCCAGAAAGCUCUUUUUACGGAAGAUGAAUCCCUGACUUUCAAGAAAGCAACAGAGAAAGCACUGUCACUAGAGAUGGCAACCAAAAACGCGACAGAAUGCCAUUCCAACAACGUCGCUCAACCCAUCAUCCAAGCGAUAUCAGUGAAUGAAAAGACCGGGAAGCAGAGGUGUUAUCGCUGUGGUUCAGAUAAACACGGCAGCGGAAUGUGUCCUUUUCAAACUGCUGUCUGCUUCCAUUGCAGAAAAACGGGUCAUAUCAAGGAUGUUUGUAAAAGCAGAAUAAAGAGUUCACACCCGAAAUUUCAGCGGCAAGUCAACAAGAGACGAGGGCACCGGCUGAAGAAAGAAUUCAAGUCGAUGGGUGAACUCGACGAACCUGAGCCAGCGUUGCGGCAACUUGACUCAGCGGGGAGGAACGACCCUAUCUAUUUCACACUGAAUCUGCAGGGCGUCCCACUUCGCAUGGAGCUGGAUACCGGUGCGGCUGUAUCGGUGAUUUCUCAACAGCAGUACCACUCGUGUUUUUCAGGCCUUCCACUCAAGCCCACGACUGUGACGCUUCGGACUUACACGGGGCAGUGCGUCUAUCCAAAAGGGGUGUUGGACGUCGAGGUUGAACACAACGGGCAGACCAGUCAUCUACCCGUGUACGUCAUGGCGCAGCGGGGACCGCCGUUAAUUGGAAGAAAUUGACUUCGCAAUCUACGUUUGGAUUGGAACAGUUUGAAUUACAUCCGCCCAGACGCAAGAAAGGAUCUGGCACAGCUGCUGGAAAGGCACGGUCAAGUAUUUGCUGAUGAGCUCGGCGAAAUACAAGGUAGGCAAGCCAGUCCUAUACUCAAGAAAGAAGCCGUGCCUAAAUUCAUGAAGGCCAGGAGUAUCCCUUUUGCGCUGAAACCGGCAGUAGAGAAGGAACUGGAAAAAUUAGAGAAACUAGGUGUUUUGGAAGCGGUAGCCUCAAGUCGAUACGCUUCACCUAUUGUCCCGGUAGUGAAGAAGGAUGGAUCAGUACGCAUUUAUGGUGAUUACAAGGCCUCACUGAAUCCAUGUUUGGAGGUCGAUGUUUACCCCUCGCCGAAGAUCGACGAAAUGUUCGCAGUCUUGUCAGGGGGGAAGGUAUUUUCUCGAAAAUCGACUUAAAUCGGGCAUACCUACAGGUCACCAUGGACGAAAGGUCAAGUGAUUAUCUGACUCUCAAUACGUACAAGGGACUGUUUCGCGUAAAGCGAUUGGCUUUCGGAGUGUCUUCCGCCCCAGCAAUUUUCCAGCGUAUUAUGGAAAAUGUCUUGCACGGAUUAGAUGGAGUUAUCUGCUACCUUGACGAUAUUUUGGUAACUGGAAAAAGCGAACUACAACAUCUCGAAAACCUCGAAAGGCUCUUGCAACGUCUAGCAGAACGUGGCGUUCGCAACAGACGUGAAAAAUAUCACAAGCCCCUCCAAACCAUUUUUGGUCCCAAAACAGGCAUCUCUACAGUUGCAGCGGCUCGACUCCAGAGAUGGGCCAUCACGUUAUCCGCAUACAGCUUCAACUUGGUAUAUCGACCAGGACAAACAAACAUCGAAGCAGAUUGCUUAAUUGUCACGUCUUCCACUGCCUGCUGCUUCAGAAGUAAUGACUGAAGAUGAGGCUGACACUUUUUACACCCUCCGUUGGGGCACUUUCCUAUUAGCAGUUCAGACAUCGCGCGUGAAACAUCCAGAGACCCCAUUUUGAGUCAGGUGUUGAGGUACACUCUUACAGGAUGGCCUCACCUCGAACCGUGUCAGGACUUAAGACCUUAUUGGAUCAAGAGGUCUGGACUGUCUACAAGUCAGAAUUGCAUUCUUUGGGGCAUGCGAAUUGUUAUUCCCACUUCAUUACAGCAAGCCGUACUCCACGAAGGACACCCUGGUGUUGUGCGUAUGAAGGAGGUCGCAAGAAGCUACGUCUGGUGGCCCCGAGUCGACCUGGACAUACAAAGCUUGGUGAGGAACUGUGCCCCAUGUCAGCAAGAAAGGCCUCUGCCAAUGCAAGCCCUACUACACCCAUGGGCCUGGCCGGCGAGGCCUUGGUCCCGUCUCCACCUAGAUUUCGCCGGCCCAUUUCAACAAUGCAACUUCUUAGUAGCAGUGGCCAUUCUGCACUGCACAUACAGCAUACAGCACAUUCUGCACAUACAGCAGCUGGCCAUUCCAAAUGGCCAGAGGUAUUUAUUAUGCGUUCAACUUCUACAGACAGCACCCUAACGAAGCUCAGAGAAAUGUUUGGACGUUUCGGAUUGCCAGAGGUCCUGGUAUCAGAUAAUGGUCCCCAAUUUUCCAGUGAGCAGUUUAGAAUU